CAGCCUAUUUCAAAAAGUCAACCAUCCCCUAAAGUUAGAGAUCAUGACUCCUCAUUCUAUCCUCUCCAUACCCACCAUUCUCCUCUUCCUCUUAAUUGCUCCUCUUUCUACCACCACCGCCGCCGCAAAAACAACUGCCGUCCUCGACAUCAAUGGCCGCCCUCUCAAAACAGACUCAACCUAUUACAUCCUCCCCGUGAGCCGAGGCCGAGGCGGAGGUCUAGCAAUGGCACCUAAAAACGCCACUGAAUCAUGCCCACUUUACGUAGCUCAAGAAAACCAUGAAGUCUCCAACGGACUACCUCUUAAGUUCUUCCCAACUAACCCAAAUGAUCACGAUAAAAUCCCCUUAGGCUCUGAUGUUAACAUCGUUUUCGAUGCCGCCACCAUCUGCGUACAACCCACUGGAUGGAUGCUAGUCUUCGACGAGGCGACUGGAACGCGGUAUGUGGGGACUGGAGGAACCAUUGGAAACCCUGGGGUUGAUACUUUGAGUAACUGGUUCGCAAUAGAGAAAGCUGGGAGUGGACUAUAUGAUUAUAAGAUUAGGUUUUGUCCAGCUGUUUGUAUCUUUUGUACGGUAAUGUGUGGAGAUGUGGGUGUUUUUAUAGGGGAGGGUGGCACUAGGUUUCUGGCUCUUACUGAUCGCCCUCUCUUGGUUAGGUUUAAAAAAGCUUCAAGCUAUUGAGCAUAUGUCACUACUCACUAGUAUGCAUGUCUGAAUUUUGUUUUUGGUGCAUAUGUACUACUGUGUUUUGAUUAACUUGUCAAAUGGUUAAGGCUUAGAGCGAGCCUUGGAUUGUGGUUUGCUUUUGAUGUUAAAGUAUCAAUAAAAUCGUGGAUUCUUAU